GCUACCAUAGCGCAAUGCAAGCAUCUGCGCGCAGCAGCAAGAGAUCGGGGCGAGGAGCAGCAGCGGCAGCAGCAGCGGGCCCCACCCUGCUCCAGCGCGGCUGCAGAUGUAAAUUUGCCGCUGCCCUCGUGGGCCUUCAGCCGCAGGAGGAGUAUUGCUCACUAAAUCUCACAUCAGAUUACAGGAGUUGGACUGUGAUCCGUGACAGCUUGGGCGGCAAGCUGGACGCCUCCGCCUUGCCCGAGAAACCGCCAUACGGCACCGCCUGCAGGCCUGCAUCCCGCCAGGGCCUUUCAUGGUGGCCAUUGUCAAACAGGUGCAUGACGCGGUUGCAGGCUCAGUUCAACCGCAAUGGCUCCAAUUACUUCGAGAAGGCGGAGGGGGAUCAACAUGAGAAGAAGGCUGGCGCGUGGAGUGAGGACAAGACCAUUCCCAUCCCACCGCCAGCCCUGUCAGCGGAGAUGGAGGCAGAGCUGCGGCGGGUCCACGCUGAAGAGGAGGCAGCUCAGGCGCGGGCAGACAAGGCCCGCGCUGAAGGGGAGGCAGCCCAGGCGGGCAGCAGCCACACCAGCAUCGGCGAGCGGCCACCCAGCAGCAGCGCGGCGGCACUAGCAGCAGUGGCCACUGCAGCACCGCCUUUGGAGCAGCCGGGGCCAUCACGCAAACGUGAGCGAGAGCCAACAGCGGAUGAGCAGGACGACUUGAAGUACUACCAGUUCAAGGGCAUGUGGAGGGACCUAGACACUCCGCACAAGAGGCGGUUUGUCACGUGCGUCAUGGGCGCAGGGAGCCCGAUGGAGAAGCUGGCUCCCUCCCCGCCGCCGCCGCCGCCGCCGCUGCAACCCCAGCCACCCCAGCCGCCCCAGCUGCCCCAGCCGCAGCAGCAGCCAAAGCAGCCGCAGCAGCCACCGACACAGCACGAACCACAACCUACAGAGGCCAGUGGCGGUGGUGGCUGCAGCGGCAUUACUGGUGCCGCACCAGCAGCAGCCACGGCGCCCUCGUGCGGCAGCGGCAGGGGCAGCAGCCGGCCUGAGCCAGGUGGUGGUGGUGGGCCCCCACCCCACACACCCUUCGUUCCCAGCAGGCUGGGGUCGGGAGGCAGUGUGUCGCCUGAGGCGCUGGCGGCGUCGGCUGGGGUCAGUAGCAGGUGUGCGGGUGGCUCGCUGCGGUGCAGCGGCAGUGCCACUAACUUGCUGCAGACUCAGCAGCAGGGGCUUGGUGUGGCUGCUGGGUUUGCAGCAGCAGGGGGGAACCCGAUGGCGGCGGGGCUUCAUGGCUCCCAGCCCCUAUCCCCAGGGCUGUCGCAGCAGGCGCCGCCACAGCAGCGGGAAGAGGAGGGGGAGGAGGAGGCGUCGGGUGGGGAGGGUAAGGAGGAGGGAGGGAGUGGUGAUGAGGCGGCGGCGUGCCUACCACCACCACAGGUGCUGCUGCCGCCGCCACCGCUGCCUCUGGACCCCAGCAGCCAGCUGUUCGAGGGUAGCAUGUCCCAGGCAGAGGUUGCUGACGCAGCCGAUGUGUUCUACGACCUGAAGCACGAGGCAGCAGCAGCAGAGGAGGAGGAGGAGGAGGAGGAGGCAGCGGCGGAGGAGGGGGGCACGGCAGCCACGGAGGCCACGGAGGAGGGUGGGGAGACCACAGCAGCGGCAGCAGCAGCAGCAGCAGCGCCGGGUGCUGUUGAGCCUUCGUUCCCUCGGCUGGUUGAGUCUCAGCACAUCGACGCCGCCCUGAACCCUGGGGAAAACAACGUCGGUGGCGGCGAGACCAUCACUGGGACGGGCUUCUACGGCACCAUCAACGCUGCCUGCACCAUGCAGAUCUUCUUGGUGCUGUUCGGCAUCCUGAGCGGCGCCUUUGCCUGGCCUGUGAUGUUUGAUGCUGGUGUGGGCCUGGGCAGGCCACUGGUGGCGGCCUUCACUCGGGGCCUGUGCGCAUACGCGUACGGCAACGACUCCUGCCCGUCCAGGGUGGACAAGGCCAUCAAGUUCAUGCGCAUGUUCGUGGAGUUCAUCAAGAGCAAGGGCGUGAAUGUGACUGCCCAGUUCCUGGCGCGGCGACCUGCUGUCUUCGCCAUGACAAUGGAGGACAUGGCCAAGGUACCCCAAGGCCUGGAGGGCGUCACGCACGUGUUCACGUUCUGGCAGGGCAUCCCCGCCUCAGCAAAGGAUGCGCUGGGGGCCAUGUUUGCGGCCUCGUCCACAACCGUGGGCAUUGCGGUCGUGGACAAAGGAGCAGGAGUGCUCAUGGAGCGGCAGCUAGGACAGCACGGGUUUGGGCCACUGGAGCUGGUGAAGCAGUUUGCUGUGCGCAUGUACGGCAGCAACUCCCAGAAGCAAGUGUGGGUGUUCAAGAAGCCCGGCGCAGUGUACAGGGAGCUGCCGGAGGAGAAGCUGGUGGACUACGCCCCCUACGUCCACCAGCCGCACCUGCCCGUCCCCCCGCGCAUUGAGUGGAUGCACGCGCUGUACCAGGCGGCGCUGGCGGAGGAGGCGCGGAAGUAUAAGCUGUCUGUCGCAGAGGGCAAGGGAGAGAGGGACAGGAGGCCGCCCCAGAGGUUUGGCUUCUCGUAGCGAGCGAGCAAGAUGUUCUGUAGCAGCAGAGAAGGAGGAGGAGGCAGGCAGGCAGGAAGGGAGUGGAGUGGAGUUGAGGCGGAGGCAGCGGCAGAGGCAGCGGCAGAGGCAGAGGCAGAGGCGUGUGUGCCCACAUUCAUUCAUGAUGCAUUGCAAAGUGUCAAGAACAUACUGUGCCUAUGAUUAAGCAUUUUGAUUAUGAAGUAAUGAAGGGUUUGCGCGGGCGCGGGGCGGUAGAAGCGAUGAGGGAAGAGGCGUGCGAGGGCAUGCGGCCGCGCCGGGGGGGGGAGAGCAGGAGGGGAGAGGGGGACGGCGAAGUCCGGAGCGAGUUCGCUAAGUCAGUGCAGUGUUUACCUGGUGACUCGAUGCAAAUAUAUAAUACAACUGAUCAUUUAAACAUGUAAUUUAUCAGCUGACGCCUCAUGCUGGUGUAGUAUAGCAAUUCUGGGCUGGGGGCGGGGUCUCCGCUGCGCGUCUGUGCUGCGUUCCGGUGGCCUGGGUGCGGGCGCUUUCCAAGGGGUGAAUACACAUUCCCAAAAUGGGGUGAAAUUUCUGUACUACAAACGGUUACAAGCGCGGGCGCCAGUGCAAACAAUAGAUUUCUUUGAGAAAUGCAGGGCUGGCUUGGCCGGGGGUUGAGUUCACAGGUGGGGCCCCCGCCCGGUGCGUCCGACCGCGGGCGCGCCUUUUCUCUCGCGCGCGGCGCAUCGCACUAAGACUUGGUUUUGCAAGCCGCCCCACCCUGGACACCUGUCUUUAGAUACUACAUACUACUUUGCUUGCAAGUACAUAACCGCUUUGCUAGCAACCAUACCGUGGUAGUAUGCGCGGCGCCGAUGGCCCAACACCGUUGUUCCCACCCGGCGUUUCCAGGCCCUGUUCUUGUUCUCUAUCCCUUAUAUUUAGCUUCUUAGCAUAUUGUCAGUGCUGCUUCUGCGAGGAGUCUGUGCGCUGAGGGCUUCAAGGCUAUCUUUGUUGCGCCUGCCGGCCACGCCCGGGCGCCUACUGGGAUACUAUGCUGGGCCUUGUCGAGUGAAUCCCAGCGAGAAGAAACAACUACUCGUUGACCGUCGGCUUCUCCAUCGCCGGGAUUUUUCAUACGUCGUCGCUUUAACCUGCGGAUCUCCGCCCCACCACGCGCUGCCCCCCAAACUACAGUACUCGUAACGCCACGUAUAGCACACAGCUGGUUGUGUAGCAACGUGUCGUCAACAGCCAGCCAGGGAGGAGGAGGAGGAGGAGG